AUGCAAUUAUAUUACCCUCAUUAUUUAAUUGUUGUCAAACCUGAUCACUAUGAUAAAAAUAAAGCACUUGUUGCUGAAUCUUCUAACUACAAUGCUUUGUCAACUAAUAAUAUACCAGAUAUUGAAAUUUUUAAACUAUUAUCUUUUGGUGAUAAG